AGUUUACCGGUGUCUAUCCAUGAAGCCGGUCACGCAUAACUAUCAGACAAAUUUUAACCACGUGACGACACGUGUUUUUUUUUUUUUUUUAUUUACUUUUAUUCAUAAAAAAAUUAAAGUUUUAUAAAUAAUUAUGAUAUUUUAUAUUUUUAAUUUUAUAAUAAAAGAAUAAAAAUAAUUAUUUUCAUUAGUAAAACAAAAAAAAACAAUUUAAAUAAUUAUCUUCAAGAAAUUAAAUGUCAAUGAUGAUACACUACCUUUCAUGAUUGCGGCAAUAUGGCUGAGCGUGAACGAGUUCUCUGGGGUUUACUGAUUGCCCUCCUGAUCUACCCGAAUGACAACUUUGGUGGAGCAUUUCAGCCUGAGUUUUCAUCACCAAUAUCAAAUUUAACUAUUCCAUUGGGUAGAGAUGCAACCUUUACAUGUCUAGUUGAACAUUUGGGUGGUUACAGAGUUGGAUGGGUUAAAGCUGACACAAAAGCAAUUCAAGCAAUUCAUGAUCAUGUUAUAACACAUAAUCCACGUGUAUCAGUAUCACGUAGUGAUCAUUCAACUUGGAAUCUUCAUAUCAAAGGUGUACAACUUGAAGAUGCUGGUCUUUAUAUGUGCCAAAUUAAUACUGAUCCAAUGAAAAGUCAAACUGGAUUACUUUCAAUCGAAGUACCACCUGAUUUUGAUGCUGAAGAAACAUCUGGUGAUGUUAUGAUUGGUGAAGGUGGUCAGGUAAAAUUAACAUGUCGUGCAAAAGGAGUACCUGAGCCAAAAGUUACAUGGAAACGUGAAGAUGGAAAAAAUAUUAUUAUACGUGAUUCACCAUCAAUUCAUGAUAAAAAAUUUAAAGUGAUGACUGUAGGUGAAUAUCGUGGUGAAGAAUUAAGAAUAACAAAAAUAUCAAGAAAUGAUAUGGGUGCAUAUUUAUGUAUUGCAACAAACGGAGUUCCACCGGCUAUCAGCAAGCGUAUCACGAUCAACGUUCAUUUUGCUCCAGUUAUUCAUGUACCUAAUCAACUUGUUGGUGCACCACUUGGUACUGACGUUGCAUUAGAAUGUUUUGUUGAAGCAUCACCAAAAUCAAUCAACUAUUGGGUCACUGAAAAAGGAGAAAUGAUCAUAUCAAGUGCACAUCAUGAAGUUCAAGCAAUAUCAAAAUCAACUUUUCAAAUACGAAUGAUUCUUACUAUUCGUAAUUUGCAAGAACAAGAUUUUGGUUCAUAUACAUGUGCUGCUAAAAAUUCACUUGGUGAAGUUGAUUUUAGCAUACGUUUAUACAAAAUACUUGGACCAGCAAGAACGCAGAAUGUACUUGUACCGCCUUAUUACGAUCAGGAGGAAGAAAAUGAAGACGUUAUUUUUGGUUCUGCUGAACUUGAGAAAAUGGAAAACAAGGCGUAUUCAUCGGACAAUACAGUACAAGGCCAUCUGGGUUUACCAUCAUCUGGUGCUUCUAGUUCAACACCAACUAUGAAAAUAAACAGAAGGCGUCCACCUACUGGUAUCAUUACAUCACCCUCUGGCAAUCGUUCUUCAAAUUCAGCUUUAACCCAACCAUUUCGUUGCCACAGUAUUAGCCUAAUGCUUAUCAUAUUCAUCACAAUCACUUGCUUUAGGCUUUUGUGAAUAAAUUAUAUUCUUAUAUAUAUCAUAUUAUAUUUUAUGAAUAUAAUAACAUUUUCAAAUAUCAAUAAAUACAACAAUGAUAUAUUUAAAUAUUUGGUGAAUAAUAUAAUAAUAGACACUUUUGUGAAAAAAAAAAAAUAUAUAUAAAAAGUUUGAGUGGAUUAUUCAUGAUUUAGAUAAAUAAAAAUAAAAUUGUCAUGACCACUAGAAAAAGAAGAAAGAAAAAAAAGAAAAUGACAUAUCGU